GUUGAUAAAUUAUUUUUUCCUUUGAGGGGGUGGGACGGGGAAGAACCCUAGACCUCGUCUGCCUUUUGGACGUCUCUCCGAAGAAAUCCAAAAGGAUCUGUGUCUGCAUGCCCUGCACAACACAACCAUGCAUGAUUAAGCUAGCUAAGAAAAUCUGUCACCCAAAAAAAAAAAAACCAUGAAGUUUGGUAAGGAAUUUGCCUCACAAAUGGUGCCAGAAUGGCAAGAAGCAUACACAGAUUAUGAGUACUUGAAAACUCUUGUAAAAGAAAUCGAAAUAUUCAAGCAAAGAACGAGAGCGGAGAAGGCGGCUGGUCCGAGGCGAAGCCACACUCUGUACAGAGCCUUCAGUGGGCUAACACAGAGGGUGAACUCUCCAAGAGCUCAUCAGGCUGCUGCAGCUGACAUAGAGAAUCAAGCCAUUCUGGUGCAGAGCGUGAGGCGAGAUGGCGAGGAGCGUUCAGAGACGAUGUUUCUGAUGGCUGCAGACGACGGAGGGGAGUAUGAGCUGGUCUAUUUCAAGAGGCUGGAUGAUGAGUUCAAUAAGGUGCUCAAGUUUUAUAGGUUGAAAGUUGAUGAGGUGAUGAAGGAGGCUGCUGUGUUGAACAAGCAAAUGGAGGCGUUGAUCGCCUUUCGUGUCAAGGUGGAGCACCCGCAAGGCUGGACUACUAGUGUGGAGGAGACCACUCAACUUGCCUCUGAUGCUGCAGCUUCUUCAGCUGCAUUGUUUGCCAACACGCCCUCUGCAGUCAAAGCAAGCAGAAGAGUUCCAAUGGCUGUUAUUGAUGAAGAAGGUUCGAUGCCGGGCAGCCAGGGGCAGUCUGAUGAAUCGCAGGGGGACAGGAAAGAUGGCAAUAAUGAGACAAUGAGACCAGUGAAUGCAAGGAUUCAAGAACUGAAGCAGAAUGAUAUCAAAGCCAAGAGGCCGGCGCCUUUGGAGAUUCUUAAACGUGUCAAGUUUAACACGGCUCAAGAAACUCCUCGUUCGACAAUCAAAGGAUUCCUCAAUCUUCCUAACCAAGCAGAUUUGAAGUUCACUAAGGAUAAUUUGAAGAAAGCAGAAGAUCAGCUUAAGAUGGCUUUUGUUGGAUUUUAUCAGAAGCUCAGACUUCUCAAAAGCUACAGUUUUCUCAAUAUUAUGGCAUUCUCAAAGAUCAUGAAGAAAUAUGAUAAGGUUGCUUCAAGAAAUGCAUCAAAAUCUUACAUGAAAAUGGUUGAUAAUUCCUAUCUGGGCAGCUCUGAUGAGGUGAGCAAACUGAUGGAAAGGGUAGAAGCCAUGUUCAUCAAGCAUUUCUCCAACUCUAACCGCAGCAAAGGAAUGAACAUCUUGAGGCCUAAGAGAAAAAGGGAAACACAUAGAAUCACAUUCUCCAUGGGAUUUCUGUUUGGAUGCACCAUUGCUCUUAUAAUAGCACUAGUUUUGAUCAUUCGAGCGCGUAAUAUACUUGACAAACAAGGGAGAGUGAUCUACAUGGAAACCAUGUUUCCCCUCUACAGUUUAUUCGGGUUCAUCGUUCUUCACAUGAUGAUGUAUGCUGUGAACAUAUACUUCUGGAGGCGGUAUCGAGUGAAUUACUCCUUCAUAUUUGGAUUUAAGGAAGGAACAGAACUAGGAUACAGAGAGGUUCUGCUUCUUGGAUUCAGUUUGAGUGUGUUGGCUCUAGCUAGUGUUCUUGCUAAUCUUGACAUGGAAAUGGAUCCAAUCACAGCAGACUACAAACCCAUUACAGAGCUCCUUCCUCUUGGAUUAGUAGCGCUUGUGAUUAUGAUUAUGCUGUGCCCUUUCAACAUCUUGUACCGUUCGAGUCGCUAUUUUCUGCUCGUCUGCAUCUUCCACUGCCUCUUAGCUCCUCUCUAUAAGGUUACAUUGCCAGAUUUCUUCCUAGCAGACCAGCUAACAAGCCAGGUUCAAGCUCUGAGGAGUCUAGAGUUCUACACUUGCUACUACGGUUGGGGAGACUACAAACGCAGGCAAAACAACUGCAAAUCCAACGACGUUUUCAACACCUUCUCCUUCAUCAUCGCUGCCGUGCCAUACAUAUGGCGUCUCCUGCAGUGUCUGCGACGCCUCAGUGAUGAGAGAGACAUUCAUCAAGGCUACAACGGCUUGAAAUAUCUGUCGACAAUCAUUGCAGUGUGCGCAAGAACAGCCUACACCCUCAACAAAGGGCCUACCUGGAAGAUGGUAGCCUGGAUCACCUCAAUCAUCGCCACCAUCAUCAGCACGUAUUGGGACAUCGUCAUGGAUUGGGGGCUGUUUCAACGCAAAUCCAAGAACAGAUGGUUGAGAGACAAGCUGCUUGUCCCACACACAAGUGUCUACUUUGCAGCCAUUAUUUUGAAUGUGUUGCUGAGAUUAGCAUGGAUGCAGACUGUGAUGAAUAUCACCGUUUUCUCACUGCAUAGGCAGACCAUGGUUGCGCUCGUGGCUUCUCUAGAAAUCCUUCGUCGCGGACUCUGGAACUUCUUCAGGCUGGAGAAUGAACACCUCAACAACGUUGGCAAAUUUCGAGCUUUCAAAUCAGUGCCAUUACCGUUCAACUACGAUGAAGAUGAAGAUAAAGAUGAGUAGUAGAAAGAAUUGAAGCUGAUGACACACAAUUUUCAAAUACAAUGUCAAGUCACCUGCGUCAUAGACUAGAGCCAUAUUCUUUAAUUUUUUUACACAUUUGUAAUCGUCAAAUUCACUUAAAUGUGAAAGAAUACCAUAAAUUCAAAGAUACAAAAAUGUGAAACAAUACUUGGUGACAAAAUUUGAGAUAGAUAAUGGAAAUUAAUCAUGGUUUGCUAUUUA